CGGUUCAGUAUAAAUACCUUGAGCCCAGUGCCCUGGGAAGCAGCAGCUGCCACUCAGACUGACAGACUCCACAACCAAGGAUAUAACAGCAAGGCACUCGGACAGCAGGCCCCCGACCCCCCCAACUGUUUCUUUGGAGCGUAAACCUACACGGUUUGGCUUCACAAGAUGGAUCUGAGGGUAACAAGCGUUCUCCUCGUCCUCCUGGCUUUGGCCGCGGCAACCCCUGAAAGGUACCACCACGUGCCGAGAGUGAACAAGGGUCCCUACCCCGUCAAGAGCCAUGCCGUUGCAGGUGAGCAAGGUCCUCCAGGAGAACCAGGAGAACCAGGCCCAAUGGGACCACCUGGAUCUCCUGGACAAAGUGGUGUAGGGCAUACUGGACCACAAGGCCCACAAGGACCCGCUGGACCCCCUGGCUUCACUCAAGCAGGUAAACCUGGUACCCCUGGUGGCCCUGGAAAACCAGGUUCCCCUGGCAUGCCUGGUGACAGAGGUGCAAAUGGGGCACCUGGACAAAUGGGGCCCAGAGGUGGACCUGGUUCAUCUGGAACACCCGGACCUGCUGGACUUUCUUCUGCUGGAAGACCUGGACCAAGUGGUAGUCCUGGAGCAAAUGGACAAAGAGGAGAGUCUGGCCUGAAGGGACAUCCUGGUAUUCCUGGUCUUCCUGGCAACAAAGGAGAGAGAGGUAUUGGAGUUCCUGGUGUUCAAGGACAACCAGGCUCAGUUGGACCAAUGGGUCCCUCUGGUAUGCCAGGGAAACCUGGAGUUGGUAAACCUGGUGCCCCUGGCUAUUCUGGUGAGCCUGGCAAGAGUGGCAUGCCAGGAAGAGAUGGUGCUUCAGGGCCAAUGGGUAUGACAGGACCAAAGGGUCACACUGGCGCUCCAGGCACAGGAGCAUCAGGAAAGCCAGGCCAAAAUGGUACCCCAGGUAUGAAUGGACCUAUAGGGCCUAAAGGUCCACAGGGUCCAGCUGGUCAGCCAGGCUCCCCUGGCAUGCCAGGUGUUGGCAAAACAGGUGAAUCUGGAAUUCCAGGCAACAGAGGAGCCCCUGGCACUUCUGGAACCACUGGUCAAAAAGGAGAGCCAGGCCCAACAGGUUUUACUGGUCACCCAGGUUCUACAGGUUCCAUAGGCCCAGGUGGUCCACAAGGUUCAAGGGGAUUUCAAGGUGAGGCAGGCCCAACAGGACCCAAAGGUGACAUUGGUAUGGUUGGUGCCCCAGGCCAAAGAGGAACCAAAGGUGAUCAAGGAGCUCAAGGUUUCACUGGAAAACCAGGUACCCCUGGAGCAGUAGGCCCUGCAGGAAGUACAGGUCACAAUGGUCCACAGGGUCCAAAGGGUUCACAAGGUCAUGGUGGUGCUCCAGGACUCCCUGGUUCAAAUGGCGCCCCAGGACUUAAAGGACACACAGGUUCCUCAGGAGCACCAGGAAAGAGUGGUGAGAACGGAAGACCAGGACCCAUGGGACAAUCAGGUCCCUCUGGUCCAGCCGGCCCCUCUGGACUUAAAGGUCAUGCAGGUCUUCCCGGCCCACCUGGUCCAGCUGGCUUCACAUCUAAGGGCGUUUCUGGUCCUCAGGGUCCACCUGGAAAUCCAGGGUCAAGGGGUCAUGAUGGUCUUCCAGGCGCAGCUGGUCCUCCUGGUCAACCUGGCCAACCAGGAGAGGUGGUCUACCACCAUGAGAAGAGCAUGCCAGUCAAGUCCCAUGAGGUUGUAAUGUCUCAUGAGAUGAUGAAGGCACCCAUGUCUGCAUUCAGUGCUGUGUUGACCAGGGCCUAUCCCGAAGCGGCAACUCCUAUUCAGUUCAACCAGGUUCUGUACAAUGGGGAGCACCAUUAUGAUGCCAACAGUGGUGUAUUUACCUGCCAGAUUCCCGGCCUCUAUUAUUUCAGCUAUCAUGUUCAUGUCAAUGGUGCAAACGCAUUGGUGGCUCUCUACAAAAACGAGGAGCCUAUUGUUUUCAGUUACGAUGAGUACAACAAGGGCUUCCUGGAUCAGAUGUCAGGCAGUGCUGUGGUUAUGCUGCAUCCCGGUGACAGAGUCUAUGUACAGGUCCCUGAUGAGGAGAGUAAUGGUAUAUUUGCAGCAGAUAAUGUUCACUGCACUUUCUCUGGGUUCUUGAUUGCCUCAACGUGAUUUCACAAGUCCAAGUACACCUCAAAACCUUACAUACAUUGAACUACUCAGAGAAAUAGAUCAGUUUUCAAGAUUCCAAUUUGAGAUUUUGUAUUGAAGAAAAAUCUAAACUUUUAACUGCCUCAUUCAUAUAUUUACUAUUAUGAAAAAUUCAAAUUCAUCCCAUUUCCCAGUUCAUCUUGUGUGUUCCUUGGCAGAUUUAGGAAUCAUGAAACAAUAUUGGAAGAUAUCUCAAGUGGUGCUUUACAACUGCCUGUAACAUUUACAGUACGUCUUAUUUGUGUUUGGUUUUUUUCAUGAGUUUUUUUAAAUUUCCUGUAAUAUACAUACAAAAUACAAACAAAACAGUUGUAUUAUAUGUUAUUAGUGAUCAGCACAUUCUCACAAGCACUGUGACUAGAAAAAACACAGAAUGAGAAAUUUCAACUGCAUAUUUUUCAAAACAACUAUGUCCCAUUGGAUGUGUUAAGUUAUGUACCACUUACUGAUCAAUACACAGAAUAAAAGUUCUAGUCUGAAAAAGAAA